AUGGCAAGUGAUACUGGCGACGGUCGUGUCGGCAGCUAUCACAGUACGCGCGUGUCACGUGACUUCGUAGACGGAUGUCUUGGAGAAGUCACUCAAGUGGAGAGGGUUAAGGGCAAGGCUACCGCACAGUGCGUUGGCAACAUAGCCGGAUUAGUGAUGGAUGGUCGAAUGUGGAAUGAGACCGAGAAACGUUGGAACGGACCAACGUCAGGGGAAACAGAAAGAGGAAAGCCACAUUGGUGGCACGAGUCAGACCGAGUCAGAGGUGCGGGACCACAUUGGUGGUCGAAUCAGAAGAGGAACGUGCAGUGCACGUGCAUAGUGGCGGAUGAUGCGAGGGACGGGAACGGUCCCGAGGAUCCGGUCAACGGAAAGUCGGUAGAGGAGGAGGAGCCGGGAGAACUAGAGCAUCGCAUUGGCAAGGGAAGAUACCUCCGGACAGAUCGAAAAUCUUUUAUCAGGCAGCUCACACAAACUGAAUGUCGCCAAACUCGAAUCAGGCGCAUCAAGAGUCGUCUUCAACAGACACAAUCAGGUGAUGCAGCAGAUAUUACAACGAGUAAUCCUUCUGUACAUCAUCACAUUGGCCAGAGUGAGAAAAACCACGAUGAUAUCGGCUCCUAUCUUCGAGCUAGAGAGGGUGACCCAGCCAUAAAGAAUUACUUUUCACGCUUGCAAGAUCAUCUUCUCAGUCAUAUUCAACUCUCUCAAUCUGACAUUGAUGGAGACGAUCUAGACCAUCGGGAGCCAGAUGACGAAGACUCAGACUAUGACUAUGCUGGGGUAGAAGAAGAAGUUUUAUUUGGCCAGGAGAAAAAUGGAAGCAUGGAAUCUGUUGUGGAGGAGCUGGACAACAUGCCUCUCUACCCUUGCCCUAUCACUGCCCUUCUGUCGUCCCAUAGUGGCUAUCACUGCCCUUCUGUCAUGCAUACCCACUAUUACAGCACAGGUAGCUUCAGUGACCUGAGGCUGGAUCUAGACUUCGCAUGUUACAUAUUGUCCCGGAGAAACAUUGGACCUUGUUAUUGGCCUACAAAAGUAUCCAUGGAUGACUUUUGGCCUCUCCAGAAGGAUCUCUUAGGAUAUAUUGGCAUGAAUGGUCAUAGCGGUCCUCUCAUUAAGGCUUCCGGAAGAGCUGAGUACAAGGUUUUGGUACCCAUCUAUGGUCUUACCGUGCAAGACCUCGUUACCUCGAUUUUUUGGACGUUGACAUAUCUUGUCAUACAGCCCCAAGAUAAGGACGAGCUUAGCCACAAUGAGGAAGUACUGACUACAGCAGUGGAUAGGAAGUUCAUCGCCAAACUGGCACCGUGGCCUUAUGGUCAUUACAAUGAGGCCAUUUUUGAUGGCCUGGACGAUAUCAUAGAUGGUAUGGUCACUGAAGAUUUUGACGAUAGUUCUGUUGGGCAGCUCCAGUGCGAUAGGUUCAGCGCUGAUACCCAGAAUUACACCCAUAUCACCACUGGCCCAAGCGACUGCACAGACACCUAUUCAGGCAUCAGCUCCAGUACCGAUCAUCCGUUUACCAGAGGACCUGCGCUGGACAGAGCACAGCCCAUCAGGGGACCUACCAGUCGACCAUCCAUGGUUAUCGAUUGCGAGAUCAUUGAAGAUGAUACUGUUUGGAAGUCUCAUCACGGGGCACUAUGGCAAUGCCAUGAGGGUGGUCAAGUUAUGGCCAUAUCGACAUCAAUUCAUCACCCAGUGCUUCUUGGAGGCUUUGUUGCGUAUCAGCUUAUCUUACCAGGACUUGGAGUUUACGACAGGAGUGAGAUUCCAUUGGCAUCAUCUGCGUGGCACGGUGAAUAUUUUGACCACACACCGAAUUCAAGUCUUUCGGAUCUUAGGAAAGUGAUAGGGCACUGUCUGAAGCCUUCCGAGGAUCUGGGCUUCUGUCUUAACACUGAUGAAGGGCAAACAAGGAUUGCGAGGAUGACAGCUGUGCUUGAUCAAGCAGCAGUUCAGCUCGAUCAAAGACAAGACCAAACACUAGUGGCUUUCAAUCAUCGUAUUGUGAUAGAGAUACUUGGCCUCCAAAUGGCAAAAGAACUCUGGCAUUAUAUGAUCCUUCGCCCAAUCGCAUCUAACCCAAAUGUCUGUGUUGCUGACUUAUACUGGGAUCAAGUUCUUGACCAAGGGGGAAAUCCUAAUAUGAGGAUAAUCUCUCUGAUAUUCUACGAAUACUGUCAGAAAGCACUCAAUCGCAAUCUCAACAGGACAGGUGACGCAGCUGUGAUCAAGCUUUAUCGUAGAAUUGGGCGCCUUCAUGGUCCUCCUCUGACGGAGAUUCAAGACGUUGGACGUGAUCUGGGAUACAUCAGAGACAUCAAUGUCUAUGGUAUAGACAAAGACGGAAAGCGCAGGAGAGCCACACUCAGCACUAGUUCUCGGCGAGAGGGAUCAAUACCACAUCCGUCUGUUCCAGAGUUACUUGAGAACCUAGAACUGAGACCUCUAUGUCUCCUGCUCCUGGUAGAUGGUAACAAGCCAUUGACCGUACCCUUCCACACUUCCCACUGGGGAAGAGAGUCUCUUUGCGACCUUAUUCUCUUCGCCCAACUAUUCUUCCCCAGGAGGGUGGGCAGGUACAGCAUGGGUAUGAGUAUGGCUAGUGUUUGUACUUCAAGUCUCUCGCCCGUGAGAUCACUUGGAGUUCCUGUCUGUUCUCUGCACCCGCCAAUGAUACUUCUGCAGGGGGAAGAGAAUCUCUUCGCGACCUAUUUGCAUCCCCCGAUGAUUCUUCCCCAGGAGGGCGAGCAGGUACAACAUGGGUAUGAGUAUGGGCAGGGGGAGUACUACGAGAUGGGGAACAUGCAGCAGUACUAAACAUU